CGAGAACGCGACCCUAACGCACUAACAUCCGGUGUAUUCCGAAAGACGAAAGAGAGAGAGAGAGAGAGAGAGAGUCGGAAACGGAAACGACUGCUUGAUCGCCAACUGCCAGCAGUAAUCGGCACGCUAACAUGAAGAUCGUUUUGUUGCUCUUGGUCGUCGCGGCCUUCACUUCAGCUCAAAGAAUCACAACGAUCCAGCUGGACGGCAUACAGUACUUCGUCUCGCGAAUGAAUCCCUACAGUCCCGAGCUGAAUUACUUCUUGGCGUAUCAGUAUUGUCGUUCGCUGGGUCUCCAGUUGGCAUCUUUCGAAACGAAAGAAAAGGCCGACACGAUGACCCAGUAUCUGAAGAACGCCGGCUACACGAAAUACGACUUCUGGACAUCCGGCAACAAGCUGGGCACGGACAUGUUUCUCUGGAUGAGCACUGGGCUGCCUUUUAACGUCACUUUCGACUACAUGCUGAAGCGACCUGGCAACAGACCCGCCGACGUGCCGCCCGGCACCGAACCCCAGAGAGUGGCGCGUGAAAGCGGCGACAGCGGCAGCGCGGAUGGAUGCGUCGCGAUGAUGGCACCCACGUUAACCUGGGAGGCGCAGGACUGCACCCUCGUGAAAGACUUUAUCUGCGAGCAAACAAGAUGCUACUACUACAAUUACGGCAGCAUUCCAGUCUCCGCGACUCAGGGAAAUCACAGACCCUACAUCACGACCACCUCGGCGCCAGCCAGCGACGACCAGACAGUGAGUGAUCGCGAAACCGACAGCACCAUCAUCGACGAUCACCAGCACCCGGGGACCGACGCUCUGGACGAGCAGGCGACACCACCGCGAGCGGACGCGUCCGCCGACGAGAAACUACCAGAGGACCCGGUCGUCAGCAGGCUGAUCACCACGACCGCUCCCGCAUCUGGCAAUCAGCAGCAUCAGCAUCAGCAACAGCAGCAGCAGCAGCAGCAGCAGCAGCAGCAGCAGCACAUGGGAACGACGACGUCGGCGACGUCGUUGUACGACGACGACGACGACGACGACGUCGACGACGCUGCUCGUGAGCACGAGCGCUCGGCCGCCGGCGAGCUGGACGACAGCCGACCGGAACACAUUCCGGACAUCGCGAGCCUCUUCACCGAGCACGCCGGCGUAUCGCAGGCGCGCAAGGACAGCGUCUUCGAGGGUCUGGAGACCCGCGAGAUUCUACGACCGUCGGCGAGCCGUCCCGUCGUUCCCGCCGCGCCUUCGUCCUUCUCCUCGUCCCCGUCCUCGUCCUCCUCCUCCUCCUCCUCCUUGUCGGAGAUGAGGAUGGAGCAUCGCGAGGCAGCCGACUACGGCGACCUCACGGCGGAGACCGAGCUGCCGAACAACGGCCUCGAGGACGCCCACACGAUCGGGCCGUACGACAGCGUGCAGGAUUACGUGAACGAUCAGCCGGCGGAGGACACGCCGGCGGCGGACUCGGCGAUGAUGAAGGACCAGGACGACGACAGCAGCACGAUCCUGCCAGAGGCGGAACCGGCCUACAGGUACAACAUCAAAGUACGCACCAACGGCAAAGUAUUAGACCCUCCGUCCAAGUAACGCUUUACUUCCUAGGCAACGUCGCGUUAUUUCGUUGUAAUAAGUGUAAUACACGACACGAGCGAGAUCGAGAUAUUCUUGAGGAAAAACUUGGGUAUAUAUAUAUAUAUAUAUGUAUAUAUAUAUAUAUAUAUAAAUAUAUAUGUAUGUGUAUGUAUGUUUAUCACGAGUACGUUUCGCGUAUACCCCGUCCCCCCCCCCGUGUGACACGAGCGAGAUGUCGCGGUCGCGCGGGUCAGACAACUCGCCGUUGUCACCGCUCGCCGUUUAGAGCUCCGUAACUUGGGGCGUAGCCGACAUAACGCUCUCGACAUACCUUGGGAUCAGAGAGGAUCGCACGUUCCUCGAUACAUAUAUUAUAACACACACAUAGCUUCCUCGGUCGGCGGCAGGCAAAGGGGACUGUUUCGAAAACAGAAGAAAAGAUGCAGGGGAAAACGAGAGGUAAACAAUGUACCGUCGAGAACGUCGAGAAAAGGCCGAAUCGCGACUGUGUGAGUCGAAUUGGAAGAAUAACCGAGUACUCUCCUGCCGACGUUACACGACAAGCUGUACAUUUUUCUUCGCAAGGGCAUUCACUCGAUAAUUCCGUUCUCAUCCUCGAUCGUCAAUCGCGCUGGCGGACCAACCUCCUCCUCCUCCUCUCUCUCUCUUUCUCUCUUUCUUUCUCCUCCUCCCCAUCUCUCUCUCUCUCUCUCUCUCUCUCUCUCUCUCUCUCUCUCUUAGAAAAAUCGCCCUCUCGUUGUCGCUUCGCAACCCCACACCCUCGCUUUUCGUUCUGAUUCCGCUGGUUUCUAUGAUCGAUCGAUCAGCAAUCGGCAAUCGUUCGCGCGCGAUAUCGAGACGGAUUUGUUGCUACAAACGAAAAGAUGAAGAGAGACAAAGAAACGCGAACGGGUGUUACGUGCACGCGUAUAUAUCGGAGAGAUUCGAGGUCCAUCGUAUCGCAAUCGGUGUAAGACACGCGACGUCUUCUUAUCCUCAUGCGUAAGGGAAUAAUUAUCAUAGUUAAUAUCGAACGUCUUCAUACGUCUGCAAGACGAGACGUUAGGCAGCCGACCGGAUGACGUUCCAGGGGGUUGCUGAGACGCGUCGAGGUGUGUCGAGGGAGACCACCGCCCGGUUCGGCGCUUUCGCGAGAAACGUUUCGGUCAUCCAGACGUAUGACGAUCGGCGUGUUUUUUGUAGCUCCGUCUACGUGAAACGUCGCUCUAGCUGCUACGAUAAGUCACUUCACCCUCUUCACACACAUAUAUUCACAACCACACACACACACACACGCACACGUACACACAUAUACAUUAAUUCUAUAUACAACGACGCGAGUGUGCGACUUGUAUAACUGAACUUUAAUAAAGAUACGACCACAAU